AUGAGGAUUGUUUGUGGCAUUGGAGACGCGUGGUGUGAUACCACCGAGCAGCAGCAUAAGCCGUGUCCGGUGUACUUGGGGCCCGAACUGGACGGGGCAGCGUCGGACCUGGCCACUCAAGGAUACACCGUCCUCCGAGAACUUCCGCACGAUGGAAAUUUCGGUUGCGGCGCCCUAGUCGGACGGCACGAGAGCGACCUGAAACGCGUGGCCAUCCGACUCAUCCAGCGCGGCGGAAACAAGUCCAGCGAUGCAACCGCCCACAGUAGCGGAGAGAUCUACAAACCGUCUGGUUCUUUUAAAAGUUGUUUUUUGGCCGACAACAUAGAACUUUUACAGAGUCUACGGCACGAAAACCUGAUUAAAAUGCACGAGUUUUUUGUCACCAGAGGUCACUUGGCAGUGGUUGCUGAAUACUGUGAAAACGGGGAUUUGGCUCAUCUUGUGGCCCACAGGAAAGCGGGGUUUCUAAUAGAACCAGUGAGCAGACGAUACUUCAAACAGAUCUUCCAAGCGAUGGAAUACCUACAUCACAACAACAUAGCACACCGCGACGUCAAAUGCAGCAAGUUCGUGGUCUCGAGAAACAACGUCCUUAAACUGUGCGACCUUGGCACCGCCGUUCUAUACAAAGAUGGCGACCCCCUGCUCACUGAUACCAAGUGUGGAUCGCCAGGGUAUCGGGCGCCAGAACUCUUGUCCAAUUUUCCUUACGAUCCUCGGAGAGUUGACAUGUGGGCGAUGGGCGUUCUCCUCUACUACAUGGCCACUGGUCUAAUACCUUACCACGGUCAACCAAACAUUCCUGUCAAACUGAGCUUUCCCAACGGAGAUGUCCUCAACCUUAGCCGAGAACUAAAGCAAUUACUGCAAGGCCUCCUCACGCACAACUCUGAGCUCCGUUUCACCUUAAACCGCGUGAGAAAUAGUCCCUGGCUGUGCAAGGCAGACGACGGCGUGUACAUCGGGAACUUUUUCCGUGUGCGGCAGCCUGAGAAGGUGCGUACAUCGGCCAAGGAGACGAAACUGAAGAGAGAAUUACACAUCUGA